UUUCCGUCGAUAGUGCAACAACAGUGUGAUACGGAUUCUGUUUUCAACAGGACGUGAGCGACCUUACAGUUCAUUUUUACCGGACUCGGCAUUCUCGGCGUCAUCGUACCAUGGAAGUUGCUCCAUUCUCGGGGGCUCCAUGUCAAAGAGCGGUGCCUGGUGUGCGGCGACCAACGUCGUCAAUGAAUGGUUCCAAAUAGAUCUGCAAAGGAAGAUGAUUAUAACCAGGGUGGCCACGCAGGCUCGAGGCGGUGGGUCGCAGUAUGUGACCAAGUACGAGUUGCAGAUCUCCGUGGACGGGGUCGGUUUCGAAUGUUAUUCUGUGACAAAUGGGACAUGCAAGGUAUUCAACGGGAACUGGGGGAAUACAGUUCGUAGCAAUUACUUGAAACCCUCAGCGGUCGGCCGCUACGUUCGCUUCAGUGUGCAGGCUUGGGGAGGCCAUAUCAGUGGUAAAUUUGAGGUCUACGGAUACGACGCAG